AUGAAACUCUUCCUGCAUAAUUUGCUCACUUCUCGGGUGCUUAAGGCUGUGAAGAUUGGAUACCCCCUUAAGUUAAAGGUUGAGGAAAUCAAGAUGUUGGAGAUCGAUUUUCAGCCGGAAUACAUUGCUCGCUUGAUCCCAAAGGUAGAAUGGUUUGCACUCAAGGCCGCUGUCUCACAGUUGGGCGAAUCUUAUGCCUUUAACCUCCCCUCAGAAGUGCCUCAGGACUAUGAACAAAAUCAGGAAUUUCUCAAGCUUGCACACAAGGCACUUCUCGAGAUUGACAUAAUCAAAGGAUCCCUGAUUUGCCCCGAGACGGACCGGGAGUUUCCA